CAUAUGAUAUCCGUAAAAAAAAAAAGUCGUUGGAGGCCACCGUCUGUAUUCGUCUUUCCGCUGAUGAAGAAGCUCCCUUUCGUAUCCAUAAUUAACAAACAAAACCCUCCAAAAGCCAUGACUGCAUCAUCGAGUAAUCUCUUUGCAUCAAUAGACAUGGGCACAAACUCAUUCAAAAUGCUAAUAAUCCAAGCAGACCCAUCUUCAGGCAAAUUCCUCACAAUUGAUCGCCACAAAAACCCACUAUGCUUAGGCCGCGACCUCUCCACUUCAAUCUCACCAGAAUCCCAUUCUCGCGCUCUCAGUUGCCUCCAAGAAUUCAAUCACAUUCUCAAAUCCCACAACAUCUCUCCUCAUCAAACCCGCUGUGUCGCCACUGCAGCAAUGCGUGAAGCAAAUAACUCAAUUGACCUUUGCAAAGCAAUUUUUCAAAGUACAGGAUUAGAGGUUGUUGUUUUGACUGGUGAGGAGGAGGCAAGCUUUAUUUAUCUGGGUAUGCUUCAAUUUUUGAACUUUUUUGAUAGAAGAGUUUUGGUUAUUGAUAUUGGAGGUGGGUCUACUGAGUUUGUUAUAGGAGAGAGAGGGAUUGUUAUUUUUGCUGUUUCUUUAAAGUUAGGUCAUGUGGGUUUGACUCAGAAGUUUGAUAAGAUUUCGGAUAUUAAAGAGUUUGUUAAGUUAGUUAUAAAGGAAAGCGGGUUAGUUGAGAAAAUUAAGGACUUUGGUUUUGAGGUUGCUGUUGGGACUUCAGGGACUAUUAGGUCCAUUGAAAAGGCUGUUUUUUAUGGUUUUGGACAAAAUUUAGGUUAUGAUAAUGAGGUUUUGUAUAGUGAUUGUAAGAGGGAUUGGAAGUUUGGUGAUGGAGAAUUGAAGUGCUUAGUUGAGAGGUUCUGUAAUGAAGGAGAGAGUGAGAAGAGUAAAAGAGAUGAGUUUUUUAAGAGAAGAUCAGAGUUCAUUAUUGCUGGUUCAGUGUUACUGGAGGAGAUAUUUGAGUUGCUUGGAAUUAAAGAGAUGGAGGUCUCUGGAUAUGCUUUGGGAGAAGGUGUUAUUGCUGAAGCCUUGGCUAGAGUUUUUGAAGGUUAUGAUUUGAAUGCUAAUGCGAGGUGGCGUUCUGUUGUAAGACUUGCAACAAGGUUCAGUGAGAAGAAGAGAAUCAAGUCUGCAGCACAAUGUGCUACCAUUGCUAGUGAGAUUUUUGUGGGCUUGAGAAAAUGGCUAGAGGUUGCUGACAAUCAAGUUAAGUUUAACCUGAGCUUGGAUGAAAAGAGUCUUCAGUGUCUAGAAGCUGCCUGUUUACUUCACAACAUAGGGCUCUGUCUUGGUAAAAAGGGUCACCAUAAGCAGACUUAUCGGAUUAUCAUGAAUGGCAAUUGUCUUCAUGGAUAUAGUACUGAAGAGGUCGAGUUAAUAGCUCUGCUCACAAGGCAUCACAGGAAAAAAUUCCCAGAGUCUGAUCAUUCCACUUUGGUUGGGAUUUCUAAAGAGUCAAAGAGGAGAUUCAGAAUUCUUUGUAUCAUCAUACGGAUAUCUGUUAUUUUACAGAAAACUAACUGUUUGAACUUCCAAGAUUUGGAAUUUUUACACUCUGAUGAAGGAUUCAAACUGGUAUUCAGGGAGACCAGGGGCCCAACUGCUUUGUUUGCAGGAAAGGACAUGGAGAAAAAACUGAAAAAGGAGUUAGAACAGUUCAAAACUGUAUGUUUUUUCGUCCACUACUAAUUAUUCUUCAGCAGAUCAAUAUGGUUAAGAUUGCAAUAUUUUCCUUUCGACUACCAUUUUUGUUUGUAUUCAGCUUUUCCAGGAACAGUUGUUGGUUGAGGUGUUGCCAUGCACUUCAGAAUCAUCAAAAAGAUGAAAUAUUACUUGCACAAUUGUCAGCCUCAGUUUGUUAUAAAAACCUAUAAAGCUCGUGAACUGGAUUACAUUAAUUGAUCCAUGCUGAUUACCUUGAGAACAAACUACUACCUGUUAAAGAUAUGUUUCCCUUCUCUCGCCCUCUCUCUCAUGGCAGUCUAGAUGUGCUGCUGAACACAGACCAUUCCCUUAGUGACUUGGUUGGAGCUUGCUAAGAUGACAUAGAGAGAUGAGGACUAUAGUAGUCUUUGGCUUUCAGCUUCAGCCACUCUGCCUAUGCAGUUAAAGAGGGGAAUGUGCCAAGCGGUAGCAGCAGAAAAUGCAAAACGGUCAAUACCAGAAGUGAAUGGCCCUUGGAGUAGCAAAAUUACAAUACAAGCAUUAGGCGCUUACCCAACAGAUACUGCUAACCUUGAUAGACCAAAACGGGGUCAAAGUAUGACAGAGAGAGAGCUUGAUGCUAACUUCAUGACAUCCAAAUGCAUGAAGUGGGAGUGAGGAGCCUGGUAAAGGGCUAGAAGUGAUGAUAUUUCCAUUAGAAAACACUGUUAAAAGAAAAAAGAAAAAAGAAAAAAGAAAAAAGAAAAGGGGAUUUGCAAUGACAUCAAUGGAAAAGACCUUUCAUGUAUGUGAAAAUAUUAAUGGAGGCAUGUGAUUGAUAUAUGUAUUCAAUGGCAGCCAGUAGCCAUGUGAGCAAAGUGGGGUAUCCGGUGACUACUUAUUGCUCUUGUUUUUGGUAUUUGAUUGAUGACAUUGUUAAAGAAUUCACCAUCUUA